AUGUGCGCGAUAGCGACAGGGCCUAACUCCAUUCCAGUCUCCCCGGAUUGGGAGAAGAGGUUGCAUAUGGGGACUGAGCGGAAACGCACCGAGGGUCCGGAUGUGGGGAAGACUCAGCAACCACCGGCAGACCAGUCCCACGCCGAGACUACGUCGCCUAUCAAGGAAUGGACUAGGCGUAAAAUGGACCGCAGCGGCGAGCAGAACGACGCAGCUACAGAAGGGGACCGCCCGCAGGACACGGACACGGAAGAACUGCAAUGGUGGCGCGAGCAGAAGGUGCAGGAAGAUACCACGCCCCAGGGGACACUGUGUAGUGUGGGUGUGACCGCCGUGCUAAGAGUCGAAGUGGCCGGCAACCAGUGUGAAGCUCUACUGGAUACCGGCGCCUCGAGGAGCUUCAUUAGCCCAGGGGCGGUAGAACGCUUGCAGCUGAGAACAAGGAAGCUGCCUGAGGAACACGUGUUCACCAUAGCUAACGGUGCGCAGUUGAGGAUAGAUCGAGUGGUGAAGGGGCUCACAAUGUGGUGUGGGACGGCCCGCCUAGCUGGCGACUUCUUAGUCGGGCCGGUGCCGUAUGACCUAGUGGUGGGGCUUGAUUGGCUGACUACGCAUAGGGUAGCCUGGUAUUUCCAGUCUGAUAAGCUACGUACGUAUGUGGAUGGCCAGUGGUGCGAUCUACCAGUUGUUCGUGCCGCCGAGGCCACACAACGGAACGGCAGUACUCAAGGGACGCUGGAGGAGAGGCAAGGGGCUUUAUGUUGUGCCUUGGUUGAAACCUCCCUUUCCAAUCCCCGCCGGCAGUGUCUUAAGGCUCUACCCGCUUCCGCGUAUACCGACGACGAGGAAACGUCUCCUUGGCCAACGGCCAAACUAGAGUACUCGAAUUUCGAUACGUGGCUAAACUCCGAGGAGGCGCAGGAAACUCCCCGAGUGAUACUGGAGGUGUUGUGUGCCAACCGUGCGGUCUUUCCGGAUAAACUUCCUACCGGGCUGCCACCGAAACGCCCCCACGAUCACCGAAUUCUUCUCGUGCCAGGGAAACUCCCUGCGAAAUCGGCGAUCUACCGCAUGACCCCCGAACAACUUCUAUUUCACAAGCAGGAGAUAGCUAAGCUGUCUACUAAUGGGUGGAUCGGCCCUACUUACUCUCCGAUCUGCGCACCUACGACCGAGAUGCAAUAUGAUCGCGAACCCGCAAUGGAGACGGACGUGGCUCUGCGUCUAGUGGAGGAGAGGCAAGGGGCUUUAUGUUGUGCCUUGGUUGAAACCUCCCUUUCCAAUCCCCGCCGGCAGUGUCUUAAGGCUCUACCCGCUUCCGCGUAUACCGACGACGAGGAAACGUCUCCUUGGCCAACGGCCAAACUAGAGUACUCGAAUUUCGAUACGUGGCUAAACUCCGAGGAGGCGCAGGAAACUCCCCGAGUGAUACUGGAGGUGUUGUGUGCCAACCGUGCGGUCUUUCCGGAUAAACUUCCUACCGGGCUGCCACCGAAACGCCCCCACGAUCACCGAAUUCUUCUCGUGCCAGGGAAACUCCCUGCGAAAUCGGCGAUCUACCGCAUGACCCCCGAACAACUUCUAUUUCACAAGCAGGAGAUAGCUAAGCUGUCUACUAAUGGGUGGAUCGGCCCUACUUACUCUCCGAUCUGCGCACCUACGAUUAUGGUGGAUAAGCGAAGCGAUGAGACGGGCGA